CUAACGGCGGCCAGUCGGUUGCUAGGCAACAUGAGAACUGGGAAAACAUGGCGGAGAGCAAGCAGAGUGCAGAGGCCACGGCGUCGGAUGUCCACAGGAAGAUCCGAGCGGCUUUUGAAGCGUUCGACUACGAGUCUAACAACACAGCGGACGUCCGGGAGAUCGGCACCAUCAUCUAUUCACUGGGUUGCUUCCCCUCUCAGAAGGAACUACAUGACUUUGUAACUGAGGUGGAGGACGACCACACAGGAUAUAUCCAUUUGAACAGGUUCCUCCCAGCCAUGACCAAAGUGCUGUUGGAGCACAAGUUUCCUCCCAUUCCUGAGGACCUUCUGCUUCAGGCCUUUGAGAUUCUGGACAAAGAAAAGAAAGGAUACCUGGAGCCUGAGGAGCUGACAAAGUACAUGACACAGGAAGGUGAGCCCUUCACUCAGGAGGAGAUGGAUGAGAUGCUGACAGCACUCGCUGACCCUGAGAAGAACCAUAUCUAUUACAAAGACUUAAUUAGCCAGCUGACCACUGACCCUGACAUGUAGACAGUGUCACAGUGUGUGUGUCAGUGUAACUGUUGAAAAAUAAUACAGACACAAGUUUUUGUCUUUUUGGUGUGUGUGUUCAUGCCUGCAUGUUUUUA